GUAUCUCAAAAGCAAAUAUUCCCAAACUACAAGCUGCCCGCCACUGCACGCACCGCACCCCGUCCCUUAUAUACUUCUUCACACUCAUCUCAAACAAAAGCUUUCCUCUUCUCUCCCUCUCGCUCUCUGCUCCAAUUUCAAUCCUUCUACUCAUAUUUUUCCAUAUAUUCCGCAUUUUGCUGAGGGAAGGAGCGAGAGAGAGGGGGAGAGGCAGUGCCCGUUGCCCAAAAUAUAUAAUUAUUCGAAAUGUCACUUCGACCCAGCAGUAGAACAGAGGUGAGGAAGAAAUCUUAUAAAAUUGGGGUAGAUGCGGAUGAGGCUCGUCGUAGGAGGGAAGACAAUUUGGUGGAGAUCAGGAAGAACAAGCGAGAAGACAAUCUCCUUAAGAAACGCCGUGAAGGCCUUCUUCACUCCCAACAGCUUCCUGAUGCUUCUCAAUCCCCUGCUCUUCUCGAGAAAAGACAGUUGGAAAGUAUUCCUGCUAUGGUCCAAGGAGUGUGUUCGGAAGAUCCUGCUACACAAAUCGAAGCAACUACGCAUUUUAGGAAGCUCUUAUCAAUUGAGCGCAGCCCUCCAAUUGAUGAGGUGAUUAAUGCUGGAGUUGUUCCUCGAUUUGUGGAAUUCCUCGGGAGGCAUGACCUACCUCAACUGCAAUUCGAAGCUGCAUGGGCUUUGACCAAUGUUGCAUCUGGGUCUUCAGAACAUACUCGAGCUGUGAUCGAACAUGGAGCUGUCCCUAAGUUUAUUCAACUUCUAAGUUCAGCCAGUGAUGAUGUGCGUGAGCAGGCAGUCUGGGCUUUGGGCAACGUUGCUGGUGAUUCCCCUAGUUGUAGGGAUCUUGUGCUUGGUCAAGGCGCACUCAUGCCAUUGCUAGCUCAGUUGAAUGAACACUCAAAGCUUUCAAUGUUGAGAAAUGCUACAUGGACACUCUCCAACUUCUGUCGAGGCAAACCACCAACACCAUUUGAGGCGGUCAAACCUGCAUUGCCAAUUCUUCAACAGCUUAUCCACAUGAAUGAUGAAGAGGUUUUGACAGAUGCUUGUUGGGCCCUUUCUUAUCUAUCUGAUGGCCCAAAUGAUAAGAUUCAAGCUGUAAUCGAGGCGGGUGUCUGUCCCCGACUUGUGGAGCUUCUUCUUCAUCCAUCACCUACAGUUCUUAUACCUGCUCUUCGGACUGCGGGGAAUAUAGUCACGGGUGAUGAUGCUCAAACACAGUACAUGAUUGACAACCAAGUCUUGCCAUGUCUCUAUCAAUUGCUAUCUGAAAAUCAUAAGAAAAGCAUCAAGAAGGAGGCUUGUUGGACAAUAUCUAAUAUCACCGCUGGAAAUAGAGCCCAAAUACAGGCUGUUAUCGAGGCCAAUAUCAUUCUUCCCUUGGUACACCUCUUGCAGCAUGCAGAAUUUGAUAUUAAGAAAGAGGCGGCAUGGGCUAUCUCAAAUGCUGCUUCUGGAGGAUCGCAUGACCAGAUCAGGUUCUUGGCAAGUCAAGGUUGCAUUAAGCCACUUUGUGAUCUCCUGAUCUGUCCGGAUCCCAGAAUUGUUAUUGUAUGUCUGGAGGGGCUUGAAAAUAUAUUAAAGGUGGGUGAAGCAGACAGAGAAGCAGGCAUGAAUGGUGGAAUUAAUUUAUAUGCACAAAGGAUUGAUGAAUGUGAAGGUUUGGACAAGAUCGAGAAUCUCCAAACUCAUGACAACAAUGAGAUAUAUGAGAAAGUUGUAAAGAUCUUGGAGAAAUAUUGGGCUGAAGAAGAUGAAGAACAAAAUCUUUCUGAUGGUUUUGAUAGAAAUCAGCAAGGUUUCCAAUUCGGAAACAACCAACCUAAUGUUCCUGCAGGUGGCUUCAAAUUUGGAUAAAAGAUAUACUUCAUCUUUUUCCCAUGGAGGCGACUUCACUCGUUGAGCAAAAUUUAGACAAGAUUUUAGGUUUUCUUUUUGCUAUGGGCCAGAGUUUUUGGUCUGACACAUAGGCUUUUGAAUUGAUCGUUGAAUUUACUGAAAUGUAAUGCUUUAGUUUGUUGUUGAAAUCUUCAUUGUGCUUUCAACAUCAUGUUGCAAGAGUUCAUGCGAUUGAAUCUUGGUAUGACAUAAGGAUAUUCUUAUUCUCAAA